AUGUCGGACCCCGUCGCAGCUCCUGCUGCUCCGAGCUCUACCCGUUCUCGCAAUCGACGCCGUGGUAGGGGCCCCGCCAACCGCGAAGGCCGACAAAAUACACCAGUCCAACCAGCAGAUGACCAGCCUCAAGCGCAAACACCACAAGCUCAGCCCGACGCCGGCUCAAAUACCGCGAAUUUAAACGGCCAACCCCGUCCACGGAGAGGAAAUCGUGAUGCAGGAGGUUCUCGACCACGACGAGGCCGUGGCAAUGGCAGGCAAAAACCGCCAAUAGAAAAUGGAGAAAAGUCUGGACAACCGCCUCAGGCUCAGUCACGGGGAAUGCGGGCCAGAGGGUUUGGUGCUCGGUUGACAAAGUCUGGCCAGGAGUCUGAAGACCAACUGCACGGAACAGUAGCGGAUAGCCUUCGGGCUGAUGUUCCGGAUUUUGUACCUGGUAUGCCUGCCUCAAAUUUGGAUUCUGCGUCUUCUUCAGGGAAAGGCAAAGGAAAAGCCAAGCCGAAAGGGCCACCAAAGCCACCCAAAGUUACGACGAAAUCAGUAGCCAACGACAUCGCAACCCGGAUUCACGAAGAUAUCGCCCACAGCCUGUACGAGUGCCCCAUCUGCACCAGUGAACUAGGUCGAAGGUCUAAAGUUUGGUCCUGUGAGCUAUGUUGGACUGUUUUCCACUUGAGCUGCAUCAAGAAGUGGUCCACAAAUGAAGGUGCAGCCGCACAAAAUAACAACAGAGAGCCAGGCAAUGGUGAAGGCUCUGUCAAUCCCCGGGCUUGGCGAUGCCCCGGCUUUACACAUGUUGGUGUGAAAAGGAGAUUGAUCCUAGGCCACUUCCUGGUUUACCUCCCCACUCUUGUGGUCAGACAUGCUCUCGCCCUCGCAAGGGCUGCCCUCAUCCGUGUGAUAUGA